AAUAUUUGAUAGAGUAUUUGCCUCGUGACAUGAAGGCUGCUCUGCAAAAUCCAAGCUUUCCUGUCAAGAUUAACUUUUGGCCAUACAAAGUGGGAGGCGGACUCUAAUCUUCCGGGGAUUUGGCAUUUAUAAAUUCUUAGCGUUAUUAAGACUGCCCUUCAGAUUUCGUUCCAGUUUCCCAGGUUUUCUCAUAUUUCUCCAGGAUCCCUGAUGACCAGCGGUUGGAGUUGAAUGCCCUGGCAUGUUCCCUUUCCUCCAAACCCCGUUCUUCUGCCUCAACACCAUACUCUUCUCAGUAACUUGCCCAUCACUCCGCUACCUUUUGCUUCAAUUGCAGGCUCUUCUAGUAUAUCUGCUAUGCUCCUUGCUCCUCCUGUUGUCCUUCGCUUUCCGGCAUCCUAGUAUUCAAUUUUCACUUUCUUUGUAGUUACUCUUCUGAAUAUCACGGUGCCUGAUUCUCUUCAACAAGUUUAGUGGGCUCGGCCAGCCACAACCAUGGCGGAAGUUUGGUUUCCGGCGCUGAUGAUCCUCUUCCUUGGAUUCUCUUCGACCGUGGCAUGCUCGAAUCAUUCCCCAAGACCCGAUUCUGUAAAUAUUGGGGUUCUCCACUCUUUCAACACCACCGUCGGUCGAAUUGUAAAGAUUGCAAUAGAGGCUGCAGUUGAAGAUAUAAAUUCUGUUCCAUCUAUUCUCGGUAAAACUAAGCUCAAAGUCUCAAUGCAAGAGGAUUCCAAGUACAGAGGUUUUCUGAGCAUUGCGGAGGCCCUGCAUCUCACUGCGAAACACGCGGUGGCUAUAAUUGGCCCGCAAAGCUCCAUCACAGGUCAUGUGAUAUCUCACAUUGCAAACGAGCUCCAAGUUCCCCUGCUAUCAGUUUCUGCAACGGACCCCACUCUCUCUUCCCUUCAAUUCCCAUUCUUUGUCAGAACUACUCACAGCGAUCUUUAUCAGAUGACUGCAAUAGCAGAGCUUGUUGACUACUACGGGUGGAGGGAGGUCAUUGCAAUCUAUGUGGACGAUGAUCACGGAAGAAACGGGAUCAGUGCAUUAGGAGAUAAGCUCGCGGAGAGACGGUGCAGGAUCUCUUAUAAAGCUCCGAUGAGCCCCGAAGCAACAAGGGAGGAGAUCACGAACGUGCUUGUUCAGGUGGCUCUGGCAGAGUCCAGGAUCAUAAUUCUACACGCCAGUUCUGCCUGGGGCCCCAAGGUGUUCAGAGUGGCCAAGUAUCUGGAAAUGAUGGGAUCCGGCUAUGUUUGGAUAGCCACUCAUUUCCUCUCCACUCUUCUGGAUACAAACGGUCCGCUCCCUCACGAUACCAUGGACAUGAUUCAAGGGGUUCUUACGCUGCGUAUGUACACCCCCGAUUCAGAGCUCAAACGAAGAUUCGUUUCUCGGUGGAAAAACUUGACUCGCGCCACUACCACUGUUCACCACCUUGGAUUGAGUACGUUUGGCCUCUUUGCAUAUGAUACUGUUUACGCGCUUGCUCGCGCGCUUGACAGUUUUUUCAAACAAGGGAAUCGAAUCACAUUCUCGUACGAUCCCAAAUUGUCUGAGCUGCGCCGCGACAACUUGAAUCUGGAAUCCGUGAGCAUCUUCGAUCAAGGAAACGUGUUGAGGGAAAGUAUCUACGAGGUUGAAAUGACUGGGGUAACGGGUUCCUUCAAGUAUGCAUCCGAUGGAAACCUGGUCAAUCCAGCAUAUGAAAUCCUCAACGUGAUAGGGACGGGAUCUAGGAAGAUCGGUUAUUGGAGUAACUACACUGGAUUAUCUGUUGUUGCUCCGGAAGUACUCUAUGCACGCCCGCCAAAUCGUUCGGCGGCGAGCCAGAAGCUGCGACCGGUGAUUUGGCCUGGGGACACAGAGCAGAAGCCUCGUGGUUGGGUUUUUCCGAGCAGUGGGAGGCUCUUAAAAAUUGGAGUGCCGGUAGGAUUUAGUUACCGUCAGUUUGUCUCGCAAGUACAGGGCACUGACAUGUUCAAGGGCUUCUGCAUUGAUGUGUUUCUUUCUGCACUGAACUUGCUGCCUUAUGGCGUCCCUUAUAGGCUCGUUCCAUUUGGGGAUGGUCGCAGCAAUCCUGAUAACAACGAGCUCGUUCGUUUGAUCACGGCGGGUGUCUUUGACGGAGCAGUUGGUGACAUUACAAUCACUACGGAGCGAACAAAGAUGGUAGAUUUCACUCAGCCAUUUAUUGGGUCCGGCCUGGUAGUUGUAGCCCCAGUUAGGAAGUCAGACUCGAGUGCCUGGGCCUUUUUGAGACCCUUUAGUCCGGAGAUGUGGGGUGUCACGGCCAUCGUUUUCCUGGCUGUUGGGGCUGUUGUUUGGAUUUUGGAGCAUAGAUUGAAUGAUGAAUUCCGGGGACCUCCCAGAAGACAAUUAACUACGGUUUUGUGGUUCAGUUUUUCAACCAUGUUUUUCGCCCACAGGGAAAACACAGUGAGCACUCUUGGUCGAAUUGUGCUUCUUAUAUGGUUGUUCGUGGUUCUCAUAAUAAAAUCUAGUUACACGGCAAGCCUGACCUCAAUCCUCACCGUGCAGCAGCUUUCUUCUCCCAUUAAAGGCAUUGAGACCUUAGUUGCUAGCAAAGAGCCUGUUGGCUACCUGGAGGGUUCUUUCAGUAGGAACUAUCUAAUUGAAGAAACUGGAAUUGAUGAAUCCAGACUUGUUCCUCUGAGGACACCAGAAGAGUCUGCCAGAGCAUUGAGAGACGGUCCCAAAAAGGGCGGCGUUGCCGCCUACGUUGAUGAGCGUGCUUACAUUGAACUCUUCCUUUCAAGCCGAUGCGAGUUCUCCAUAGUUGGCCGAGAGUUUACCAGAAAUGGUUGGGGAUUUGCUUUUCCAAGAGACUCGCCUCUGGCGGUUGACAUGUCGAGUGCAAUAUUGAAAUUGGCAGAGAAUGGAGAACUGCGGAGGAUUCAUGACAAGUGGUUGCUGAAUAUCGCGUGCCUAUCACAAAACACCAAGUUUGAAGUGGACAGACUUCGUCUUAAAAGCUUUUGGGGGCUGUAUCUGGCGUGCGGGGUGGCGUGCGGGGUGGCUUUAUUCAUAUAUCUCAUACGGAUGAUGAGGCAGUACAAGAAGCACUACGUAGCGGAGGUGGAUUCCGGCACUGGAUCUUCUUCCAGCAUUCGUACUUUCCUUACAUUUGCAGCCCAGAAAGAAUCUGAAGUGAAAAGCCGAUCCAAGACCAAGAGAAGGCUCUCUCGCGGAAGCACAAGUGCUGGCGGAUUAGUCAUCAACUCCAUCGGACAAUGCUCUCUCUCAUCUUCCGCUCAGGCCUGACAUGUUAAGGUUCUUCAGAACAAAAAGUAUUGAUUCACCUGCUUAUUUAUUAUUCUUUCAUCACUGGAUCCAUCAGACAUUUCUGUUUCCCUGUCAUCAUUGAAUCAUCAAUAAUAUAAUUCCUCAAA